GUACUUUAAUCCCACAUAUAAAUAACUUUGUUGCCUUCGUAUUUUGUGAGUAGUGACAACACCACAUGCAGUUUGGUGGACUUUGGGCGACUUACUCUCAUUCAAUUCCCUUGCCCUCUUCUCUGUUCUCUGUUCUUCAAUACCAAGGUUUGAUGCUUUUCUUUUACUUGCUGCAACUUUGAAGAAAGACCUUUUUUUUUUCCAGUUAAAAGGGUUGAUGCAUGUCUCUUUUUUUACUGAAUUAUGUGUUCUUGUGUUUUGAAAUUUUUUUUUCGGUGAUUUCGUGAAUUUCGAUGUGAUUUGGUUACUGGGUUUUGUGGGUUCUUUUGGCUUCUGUGUUUUGCAGGGCAUCUGAUCACCGGCUUGGAUUGGAGUUUACUGGAAAGGAACCGAUCAUCGACAGCUUUCAACUGAGGCUUGACCAGAAUGGAUCAGCAAGGAAACGGACAACUUCCAGGUAGCUCUGCUCAUGUGCCAUAUAGUGUUGCACCACCAUACCAAACUAACCAAAUGAUGGGCCCUUCUCUUUCUGCGUCUGCUGGUGCAGUUCAAACUCCUCAGACUGGAGCCCUUCCUGCCUCUUCAGCUCAGAUGGCACAACAUCAACUUGCGUACCAGCACAUCCACCAGCAGCAGCAACAGCAAUUGCAGCAACAACUCCAGAACUUCUGGGCUAAUCAGUAUCAAGAGAUUGAGCAGGUGACUGAUUUCAAGAAUCAUAGCCUGCCAUUGGCUAGGAUCAAGAAGAUCAUGAAAGCUGAUGAAGAUGUCAGGAUGAUAUCAGCUGAAGCACCUGUAAUAUUUGCUCGGGCUUGUGAGAUGUUUAUCCUUGAGUUAACCCUGCGUGCAUGGAACCAUACUGAAGAGAACAAGAGGAGGACACUUCAGAAAAAUGACAUUGCUGCAGCCAUCACUAGGACUGACAUCUUUGACUUUCUGGUUGACAUAGUACCAAGGGAAGACUUGAAAGAGGAGAUGCUAGCCUCGAUUCCCCGAGGGACUGUGCCUGUUGGAGGACCUGCAGAGGGCGUCCCUUACUACUACAUGCCGCCUCAGACUGCUCCACCAGUUGGUGCCUCAUCCAUGUACAUGGGUAAGCCAAUGGAUCAAGCUCUUUAUGGUCAACCUCGCCCUUUUGUGCCGCAGCAGAUGUGGCCUCAACAGCAGCCUCCUUCCGAUUCUUAAGUGGAUCCCUGGCGUGAAUGUACCGUCUGUAUACCAGUGCGGCAUACAUGGAGCAAAGAUGGAGCUUUAAUCAUGAGUAGUUUAUAUGAAUGCUGUUAGACUUUAAGAGGGCAUAUUAUGUUUCAUUUUACUUGACCUUAAAAGUUGUAAACUCCAGUUACCUAUAACUUUUUGGUUGCUCCUUGUAGUUUCGUGAAGUCAUUUCUGGUUAUAGGAUUGGAUGAUUAGAGUAAUUCCUUCGUGCAUCCUCUUUUAUCUGUUUCAUUUUGAGGUAGUUAGACUGAAGUAAUUUCUUGCCUGAAAACUCCAGCUAUUAGCUCUUGAAUAUACAGGAAAGCCUCCUGUUUGGCUUCUCGAACUCAAAAGAGUUCUUAUCAGAAGGGUGUUCAGCAGUAACAAGUUAUGGCGGAUACAAUAAAACUCCUGGUUGAAUACUUGAAUAGCACAGUGAAAUCCUGACAUGGCUUCCAGUUAAAUCCCUGAUGCGAUUUUACGAGUGCCUCCACUACUUGGCAUUCAAUUAUCAUAGAUCCAUCCUCCACGAAAGCCAACCGUGAAAACCUACAUUUUCCUUCAACAGGGUGACAUCUUUCAACCUUUUCACCCUCAGUGAUGAUGACCAGGACCAGACUUGCUGUCGAGUUUCGCAAUACUUGACAAUGCACCCACUCAUCAUUGGCGAGUACCAUUCAUGGUUGUACAACAUUGCUACUACCCGGGAAAGCCUAAAACUUCCUGACACAGAAUUGCAUGCUGAUUGUGACUACAAUUAUUCUCUUGGUUUUGAUCCCAUCAAUAAGUGAUACAAGUUGUUAUGCUACAGCCUGAAGUGUCUACCUAUGAUUUGGGAUUUCUGAAUGCUGAAACAUCUUCCUCCCAGCAUACCUUUUUACGUUUUCAAUACACCUUUUUACAUUUUCAAUAGAAAAAACACCUAAAAACACACACUAAAAAAACAAAACAAACAUAGCUGAAUUCUUAGCCGCGGCAUUAUAAUGUAUGGUUUUGUCAUGAUUUGUCCUAAUUUCGAGGGAAUCCUCAAGGAAUCAUUAGUAGAUCACUUUGGCGUUUGGAAAUUGCUAAUGGCUUGUCUCAAUCCAGCUUCCGUUUACUUGUUUGAAUUUAUUUG